AUGUCAGACAUCACAUAUAGAGCUUACAAAGGAGAAGAAGAAGUUCAAGAAGUUUUCAAACUAAUUGAUGACGAGCUUUCCGAACCAUAUGGACUUUUCACAUAUAGAUACUUCAUGGCUGUUUGUCCCCAACAUUGUUUGUUGGCCCAUUGCAAUGGCCAGCUUGUUGGCGCAAUUAUCGGUCGAGAGACAAAGAAGGAUGAUGGUCGUGUGAAAGGUUACAUCGCAAUGUUGGUUGUCUUAAAGGAACAUAGAAAGAAAGGUAUCGGAAAGAAAUUAGCUGUAGAUUUAAUCGAGGAAAUGAAAAAGACAUGCACAGAAGUUGUUAUAGAGACAGAAGUGGACAAUUUCCCAGCUCUCCGCUUAUACGAAUCACUUGGUUUUGUACGUACAAAACGUCUAUUCAGAUAUUACUUAAAUGGAAACGAAGCAUACCGUCUUAAGAUAUGGUUCAACCGAGAAUAA